CUGGGGAAUGCAGGCACAUUCAGUUGACGAGUCCCAAAAAGGACGAAAUGCGCGUCCUGGAUUCCACUGCUAGUCACCAUCCAACAAUUAAAUUCUGAUACACAGAAUGUUAGUAAAAAACGCUGAACAUAAAAUACUAAAUGCGAUAAGGGAACACAUUUAGUUCCGUUAUUAUUUUGCAUUUGGAGUGAUCCAUAGUGCUACUAGCAUUAAGUUUUAAAGUAUCAUGAGGUGAAGCUCCUAGAUUGAUGUACAACCUUCCAUCUUUUUUUUGUCUAAUAUCUAUCACAGUCAGUAAGGAAGACGAAGUUUAUGAAUACGCAUUGGUCAGAAAUGCAACCCAGACUACUUGCUUGUUUUGCGAACUAGCAAUAAGCUCAUCUGAAGUGGUGACAACCAGUGCUGUCCGCCGCGGAUGCCCGCUGUACCCAUUUCUACUAAAUUUUGUCACAGAUGCACUAAUGGAAUUAAACCUAAGUGACUUCAGUGACUCAGAGAUUGACUUGUCACCAGUAGAGAAUAAUCUCGUUGACUUUGAAUAUGCAGACGAUAUAGUCCUCCCUCCUAGGUGAGGACAACGACAUAAGGCAGAGUCUUCUAAACGCCUUGAGGGACAGCAGUCUUUGAAUGUUUGACAUGCGAUUCGCUCCUGUCAAAUGUAAGAUGAUGCUACAGGACUGGACUAAAUCGACUAACUCACUCCUAGCUUAGAAACAGAG